AUGUCCGCUGUAAUUGUUCACAUGUGGGCAUGUUUGCUGUUAGAUACUAUGAUAUAGCCUGGAUGUAUAUGUUAAUAGUGCUUUGCUCUGGUAAUAGUACUUAGUACUCAGAAUCUGUUCAAGCCCUAGACAUUUUGAAGUAUGUUUUUGCUUAUGAGCUAGUACACCCCCGCUAACGCUUCCACAGUGGUACAUUCCACAUGACAGCUCAACCUGAGCGAGCCUCCAUGCCGAGCCCACCACUCUGCUAGAAGCACUGAAAGCUGACUUUUAACAGACAACUCCGCGUUUUACUUGUGCCGUCAUAGUCUAAUUUCACACUAUUAAUCACCAACAUGUCUGCUCCGAAGAAGGGAGACUUGUCUUCAAGCGAAAAGGAGUUAUUUGAGGUUAUUACAGCAGGAAACGUCCAAGAGGCUUCAAGGUUGCUGGGCUGUAAGGAUGUUCGAGUAAACUGCUUAGACGAGUACGGGAUGACUCCUCUCAUGCACGCUGCUUACAAAGGAAAGGCAGACAUGUGCAAGUUGCUGCUGCAACACGGAGCGGAUGUGAAUUGCAAUGAACAUGAGCACGGAUACACAGCGCUGAUGUUUGCUGGCCUGUCAGGAAAGACCGAUAUCACGUGGAUGAUGUUGGACGCGGGGGCGGAAACAGACGUUGUCAACUCUGUUGGGAGGACCGCUGCACAGAUGGCCGCCUUUGUCGGGCAACACGACUGUGUCACAGUGAUCAACAACUUCUUCUCCCGGGCCCGACUGGAUUACUACACCAAGCCCCAGGGUUUGGAGAAGGAACCAAAGCUGCCGCCAAAACUUGCCGGACCCCUCCACAAGGUCAUCAUGAGCACCAACCUGAACCCUGUCAAGAUGGUGAUGCUGGUGAAGGAGAACCCUCUGAUGGCCGAGGUGGAGGCUCUGGAGAAAUGCCGCCGGGUGAUGGAGCUCAUCUGCGAGAAGUGCAUUAAGCAGCAGGACAUGAACGAGGUGCUGGCCAUGAAGAUGCAUUUUAUCAGCUGCGUGCUGGGAAAAUGUGCGUCCUUCCUCAAGGACCGCGAGGACAAGCUGGACGGUCUCAUCAAGAGUUUGCUGAAGGGUCGGGACAGCGACGGCUUCCCCGUGUACCAGGAGAAGUUUCUCAGAGAGUGCAUCCGCAAGUUUCCUUACUGCGACGCCACGCUGCUGCAGCAGCUGGUGCGGAGUAUCGCCCCUGUGGAGAUCGGUAAUGACCCCACAGCUCUGUCGGUGCUGACUCAGGCCAUCACAGGUCAGGUCGGCUUCAUGGACGCAGAGUUUUGUACCUCCUGUGGAGAAAAAGGAGCCGAGAAGAGAUGCUCCCUCUGUAAAAUGGUGAUCUACUGCGGCCAGGCCUGCCAAAAGCUGCACUGGUUCACCCACAAGAAAGUUUGCAAGGCGCUCCAGCAGCAGCGAGAGAAGCAGGAGGAGGAAUCAGCCAAACUGAGGAUGCAGCAAAGCAAAGAGGAGAGUGCAGACGUGCAGGAGGCCUCAGACUCCAUGCAGGAGCUCUCAGUGGAGACAAACAGCGAGGUCACCCCCUCAGAAACCUCAAACCCCACUUCCAUCCCAGCUGCUGACAACUGAGGAACAUCUCAAAGUCAGCAGCCAGAAUAAAUCCACACGUAACAGACAAGAGAGCAAACUGGCAGUGAGACUGAAAGCCAGACGAGGACUGGUCCAGCAGGAAAAAAAGAACCUAUUUAUUAUCGACCCGAGACUGUCACAGAGGCGGGACACAUUAACGAGGAAGGUUUGUGCCACGGCGGUCAUCCUUUUUGUCAUUUUUAUAUGUUAAUUUUUCAAAUUAUAUUGUCAUAUGUGAAUGUGAAAAUUGCGUAGGCUGGUGUGUUUGUGGUAGAGGUCACAGGGAGGGGGAACAUGUGAUGAGCUAAUUGUUCACAUCGAUGAUGGAACGAAAUUCUGCCUUAAGAAACUGUAGCAACCUGUGUGGGGAAGACGUGACUGUGUAGCCAGUCGGAGAUGUUGUUUGUUUGCAAUAUACUUGAUUUGUUAUUGGGACGUUUUUUGUACUGAUAACUUCAUGGCAGAUUGUGAGUGGAUGGCAUGGCUGCACAAUUUUGACCAAAAAUGUAUAUUUUUUAACAUAAACAUAAUGUAUUUUUAGUGUUUUGUGAAAGAUAAGGUUAAUGCUCAGGAUUUUCCAAAUGGUAAGAAAAUUAAUUUUUUUUUCUCCCCCCCAAAAAAUGCAACAUCAUUUGUUGAUCACAGCACAAGAACGCCAUCUAGGACACUUUUCAGCAGUAUGUUUUUCAUCUUCUUUCAUUUAUUGUGCAGCCUGAAUGGACAGACAUUUGAGUCAAACGACGGAUCCAACGAGGCUUUGUUUGUCCUGAACUCUGAUAAUCUCCAAAAUGUCAAACAACUUGAGCUUAAUCACAUCAAAUAAAGACCAAUUUCAUCAAAGUGCA